AAAAUCUAACCCCAAAUGUUUUUUCUCAUAACCAAAAAAAAAUCUAUAAAAGAAUCCGCACACUCCGUCACUCUCACACUCUUUCUUCAACCUAUCUCACCAACCACUCAGAAAUGGAGACCGAUAACAAAACCCGAGAAGAACCCAUUUCCUACCACUCUUCUCUCCGUUCAGGUGCCACUUUGCUCUCCCGCCGAAUGUUCCCAACUUGCCGCACCUUCAUCCAACGCCAACCAAGAUCUGAUCCAGAAAUCGCAACUCAACUCGACCGAAUGCUCGCAAUAAUCGACGUCAUGGAGGCCGCGUCACUCCGAGUGGGUCCCAACAACAACCUUCCCGAUCACUAUGCUAUACUCCAACUCAAACCCUCCGACGACACCACUAACCGCGAUUUCAUGCGGCAGCGUUACAAGAUUCUUGUUCGAAAGCUUGACCCGAACAAGAACAAGUUUCCUUUAGCGGAAGAAGCUUUAAUGCGAGUCCGUGAAUCAUGGCAGAUUCUCUCUGAUCCGGUUCAGUUAGACCGAUACGAAAAGGAGAUUAAAGAGGUGGCUUCGUUUUGGACUAUGUGUCCUUAUUGCUGGUAUUUGCAUGAGUAUGAGAAGAAAUAUGAAGAUUGUACACUUCGGUGUGGGAACUGUCGGAGAACCUUUCAUGGAACUCCGGUGAAGCCGCCGGAGGCAGAGUCUAUGGUGGAAGGGAAAGAACAGUACUAUUGCUAUCAUAUGAGUUUGCCCUUGAGGUAUCCUGUGGAUGAGAAUUGUAGAUUUGAAAUUGGGGGAAGUGGGGGUAAGAAGAUGAGGAUAAAAACUGUGGCUAAUAGGUCUAAAGUGAAAGGGUUUGUUGUUCCUGAUAGUGAAUCUGAAUCGGAUCCUGAAAUGGAAGUGGAGCUGUGAAAAUGAAAACCCUAAUUUGGAGUUGGUGAAGUUGUUUAUUACUACUGGGAUGUGUUUUUAUGUUUUAGAAAAAAGAGGCUAUGUUUUGCUUGUGUGAUAGAGAUUUUAGCAAAAGCAAUGCCUUUCUAACUUGUUGUAAUGUUGUACAGAUUCUGUAGGACUAUAGUUGAGUGGAUAAUUUAUGUUUCAGUUAUGAGUAAAUCUUCUCUUUGUCAAUU